CAGAAAAAAUCAGGCUCCUCCCCCUUUCCCUCCCAGGCCACGCCCCUUGCAUUGUGUAACUUUGAACUGGCCCACCAGAAGGGCUCUCCGGGCAGGCAGUUUCCCAAUCUGCUUCCAGGAAGGAGGCUGGCCAGUGUUUUGUUCGGUUCCAUUUCCUUUUGGGGACGGCGGACUUUAAUAGGAGUCCCAGGAAAGUUAGAGGUAGCAGCAGCCAUGCCGCAGAAGAGGAAGAAGCGGAAGCCGCUGGCGCCGGGAAACUCUGAGAACGAGGCAGGAGGAGAUGGAGCGACAUCCGUCGCGUCGGAAAGCGGUGGCGAAGAAGCAGAAGAAGCCCCGGAAGAGAAGAAGAAGCCGAAGAAGGCCGAUGCAGGAGCCAAAGGUCCGUAUUUGACCGAAGCAGUGAAAGUGAGCCGCCUCAGGAUGGCCCCUUCCGCCGCGGAGUUCCACUAUAACAAGAAACGCGUCCGGAUGAUUUCGGAAAACUCAGAUCUCAAGGAAGGAGCGGAGGGGAUCCUGUACUGGAUGUCGCGGGACCAGAGAGUGCAAGACAACUGGGCCUUCCUCUACGCCCAGCGCCUGGCCUUGAAACAGAACCUCCCGCUGCACGUCGCCUUCUGCCUGGUGCCCAGAUUCCUGGAGGCCACCAUUCGCCACUUUGGCUUCCUGCUCAAGGGCCUCAAGGAAGUGGCCGAGGAAUGCCAGCAGCUCAGCAUCCCCUUCCACUUGCUCAUCGGCUUGGCCAAAGACGUGCUGCCUCCCUUUGUGGAAAAGCACAACUUUGCCGGGGUGGUGACGGACUUUUCCCCCCUCCGCGUCCCCAUGCAGUGGGUGCAGGACGUGCGGGAACGGCUGCCGCCGGACGUGCCCUUUGUGCAGAUCGAUGCUCAUAAUGUUGUUCCCUGCUGGGUUGCUUCAGAGAAGCAAGAAUAUGGAGCGAGGACGAUACGGCGGAAGAUUCACGACCGGCUGUCUGAGUUCCUUACCGAAUUCCCACCUAUUAUCCAACACCCGCACCUGGCUGCGUCCCAGGCAGAGCCCAUCGAUUGGGACGCCUGCGCUGCCAGCCUGGAGGUGGACCGGUCAGUGGCGGAGGUGGUGUGGGCCAAGCCGGGCAGCGCGGCCGGUCUGUUGGUGCUGGAAGAGUUCAUCCAAGAGCGUCUGAAGUUCUUCAGCAGUGAGAGAAACAACCCCAACCGGGCGGCACUCAGCAACCUCUCGCCCUGGUUCCACUUUGGCCAGGUCUCUGUCCAGAGGGCCAUCCUGGAGGUGCGCAAACACCGCGCUCGGUGCAAUGAGUCCGUGGAAGCCUUCAUCGAGGAGGCCCUGGUCCGAAGGGAGCUGGCAGACAACUUCUGCUUCUACAAUCCAAACUACGACAAGGUUGAAGGGGCUUACGAGUGGGCCAAGACCACCUUGAAGCUUCAUGCCACAGACAAGCGGCCUCACCAGUAUUCGCUGAAACAGUUGGAGGAAGGGAAGACACACGACUCGCUCUGGAACGCUGCUCAGCUCCAGAUGGUUCACGAAGGGAAGAUGCACGGCUUCCUGCGGAUGUAUUGGGCCAAGAAAAUCCUGGAAUGGACCAGUUCCCCCGAAGAGGCCUUGAAAUUCAGCAUCUAUCUCAACGACCGCUACGAACUGGACGGCCGGGACCCCAACGGUUAUGUGGGAUGCAUGUGGUCCAUUUGUGGGAUCCACGACCAAGGCUGGGCUGAACGUCCCGUGUUCGGCAAGAUCCGCUACAUGAACUAUGACGGCUGCAAGAGGAAAUUCGACGUCGGCCAGUUUGAACGCAAAUACCACCCUCGCAAAUUCGCCAAGUAGCAAAGAACGAACCUGGAAGAAGCACAGUGACGACAGUACGUUCUAGUUCGGACAAGAAGUGAAGACGAACUCAAGAUCACGCUGCUUUGGUCGACCUCCUUCCAGAUCCAUUUGCAGCAGAAAAGAAUUCCUUCUAUGUUUUUCUCGCUCUGAGAUUGCCUUCAAGGGAUGGAAGCUGGUUUUUGUUUUUAUUUUUUGGGUGUGUGGGGGAUUCUUGCAAAUAGGAUUCCCUCACUUUUUGGAAGUUUAGCUCUGGAGCAGAUUUCUUUUGCCUUUCUGAAGCUCCAAUACUUGACACCCUUCAAGGUAUAAACCACAUGUGCAAAUCACAGUGACCACGAGGGGAAAUUGGGAGUUACUGUUACACAACUGCAGUGCAUGGCAUUUUUUAUGAAUUUGUUUGCUUUAUUAAAAAAAAGGAGAUCGAAAA